AUGAGAUCACUCCGGGACCACCAGCUCGACUCACUCAACGCACUCCUCAGCUUCAACCAGCCCACACAGAAGACGACGACGACGACGACGAAGCCCGCCAGCCUGCCGACCUGGAAGGUGCUCGUGCUCGACAAACAGUCCCAGGAUGUGCUGGCAACCACGCUGCGGGUCCAGGACCUCAGAGAACUCGGCGUCACCCUCCACAUGCAACUCAAUGCCGACCGCCCCCCGCUGCCAGACGUGCCCGCAGUCUACCUCGUCAGCCCCUCCCGCGAAUCAAUCAAACGGAUCGCACUCGACCUCGAAAAGGGCCUCUAUGAAUCCUUCUAUCUCAACUUCACCAGCACCCUCUCCAGACCACUCCUCGAAGAACUGGCCAGUCUGGUCGUCGAAAACAGAUCGGACUCACUCAUCGAACAAGUUUAUGACCAGUUUCUGGACUUCAUCGUACUCGACCCCAAUCUGUUCUGUCUCUCCUCUCCAACCGGCUCGACGAACCCCAAUCCAGGCAGCUCGGCGCUAACCAAAAGAACAACCUAUGAAGCCCUCAACGACCCCCGAGCAUCCGAACAAGACAUCGAAGCCAUCGCCGACCAGAUCGCCAAAUCACUCUUCAGCGUAGUCGCAACAAUCGCUCAACUGCCGAUCAUCCGAUGUCCGCGCGGGAACGCCGCCGAAAUGGUCGCCAGAAAACUCGACAGCAAGCUCCGAGAUUAUCUGCUCUCCACUCGCUCCAACAGCGUCUUCACCUCCGAAGGUAGCCGGCCCGUCCUCGUCAUCCUCGAUCGCAACCUCGAUCUUGUCCCGAUGAUCAGUCAUAGCUGGACCUACCAAGCUUUGGUCACCGAUGUACUCGAGAUGAAACUAAACAGGGUCACUGUUGAGGCUCCUGAGAGUGGUAAACUACAGAAGAAAACUUACGACCUGGAUUCAAAGGACUUCUUUUGGGCCAAAAACUCGGCCAAACCGUUUCCAGAAGUAGCAGAGGAGAUCGAUACCGAACUGACAAAGUACAAAUCCGAUGCGGCAGAGAUCACUCGAUCGACGGGGAUCGGAGAUAUCAAUGAUGUCUCACAAAUCGACCUCACAUCCAAUGCAGCCCAUCUCAAAGCAGCCAUCACCGCACUACCCGAACUCACCGCACGAAAGACGACACUAGACACACACAUGAACAUAGCCACGGCCUUACUACAAGGGAUCAAGAACCGAGGGCUCGAUACGCUGUUCCAGAUGGAAGAGUCGAUCACCAAACAGACCCGGCAAUCCCUGCUCGAGGUCCUCAAAGAUCCAUCCAAAGAUCCGACUGACAAACUCCGGCUGAUGCUGGUCUACUAUCUCAGCAACCAGGAGGUGUCCAACGACGAGCUGCUCGAAUACGAGAAGCUGCUCAAAGAGUCCGGGCUCGAGACCUUCGGCACCUGGGAGUAUGUGAAAAAGAUCAGGGAGAUAUCGCGGAUGACCAACUCGAUGGCCUUAGCCUCGGCCAGUGUUGCUGCCCCACCAGCAUCAACCGGUCCAGGAGGCGAGCUUUUCAGAGGAUUCAGUUCGAUCAGCAACCGACUCACCGAUCGAUUGAAAGAGGGCGGGUUGGGCGGCGGGAUCGACAACAUCCUCUCAGGCGUGAAGAACUUCCUGCCGGGACGAAAAGACUUCAUUGUGACCCGACUGAUCGAAGCGCUGAUGGACCCGGCGGCGGCCUCGAACCAAGCCCUGGCGGACAUCGACGACUAUCUCACCCUCGACCCGCGCGCCUCGCGCUCCUUCUCCACCCCCUCGCACCAGAAUAAGAAGGCUAAUCGGAUCGCGUUCUCUGAGGCGAUCGUGUUCGUCGUCGGCGGUGGCGGAUACGUCGAGGCGUCGAACCUCCAAGAAUUCGCCGCCAGAUCUAAUUACAAUGCCGGUGGGGCCGCAGGAUCCGGUGGGCCAGGCGGGAUCGGCAGCGGGGCGAAGAAAAUCACUUACGGGGCUACCGAAAUCUUGUCUCCGCUCGAAUUCAUCACAUCUUUACAUAAACUCUCUCAGCUUUAA